AUGCGACGCGGCCCGAAGACUCUACAGCCGUAUCGCGCCGCAGUAAACGACCAGGACGGCACAUGGACGGUCUAUACCGCCGGCGCCCUCUCACCGUCCGUGUCGGCGGCAUUCGCGGAGACGUCUUCGGAAUCGCCGGGAGCGCCUUUGUUGGCGCAGCCAGACCAGCGGGCGGUCGUGGCGGACGUCGCGCGGCUCUUAUCGAAGCCGCGAAGUUACGACUUUCGUGAGCACCAUCACCACGAACAGCACAGUAAAGAAGCGAUCAGUAACGAGGACGAGGAGCGCGCGGCUGCGGCGAGCGUGAAGGAGGGGACGACGAUCGGCGAGGUGGCGGCGAUCGAGCUCGUGCGACAGCUCAGCCCGCAGGGGCGCGAAGUUCUUCUCACGGCGCUCUUCCCGGGAGCGGACAGCGCGGAGGCGGAGGAGGAGUUUGAGCACGCGGACGCGCAUCACGACGGGGUGAUAAGCGAGGGCGAGUUCGAGCAGUACGUGGGAGAGCAGCAGGCCAAGAUCGACGCGCUGCACCGCCCGCUCGACUUCCCGCACCUCGCGCUGCUCGCCAAGAAGGAAGCUCUCGGCAACUUGGGCUUCGGACUCACAAAGAACACAGUGAUGAUCAUAUCAGGCGACUUUAUAGCGAGUACGCUUGGAGCUGCCUUCGGGUUCUCCACUCUCAUGGCGGCGGGUUUGGGCAACGCAGUGGCGGACGUGAUAGGCACAUGGUGUCGGGGGGCCAUAGAGUCGUCCUCCUCCAAGCUGCUCCCCGGAGCCACCUUCUCCUCGCACCAGCUCGAGCACCCCAAGGCGCAGCUCUUCGCCACCGUUGGCGCCGUUGUGGGAGUCACAGUGGGCGGCUUGAUGGGCCUCUCUCCGUUGUUCUUCCUGCCAGCCCGCGGGGGUGGUGGGGAAGGUGGGCACGGCGCAGGUCCGGCGGUGACGGCAGGCGUGGCGGCUGCUUCGGCGGCAGCUUCGGCGAUGAAGGUAGCUGCGCCGCUUGCGACUAUUGCGUCGGCGGAUGGGGUUGAGGAGGCUGCGUCAGGUCACGCUACAGCUGGUGCUACAGCUGGCACUACAGGUGGUGGUAUGGGGGGUGCAUUCACCCGGGGCGCUACAGCCCAUGCGUCCAUCAGCGCAGCGCAUUGGAUGGGGCCGUCCCCCUCUUUCCGACCACCCCUGGCAGGCGCCGUGGAGGAGCGAGGUGGGCUGGGAGUGGCGCUGCUGCUGGCGCUGUCGGCACUCAAUGUGGCGCGGAGAGUGAGGGGGGUGUUCAUGAGGAGGGAGGGGGAGAGAAAAGGGGCGGGGGAAAUGAAAUAG